AUGGUAGAAAUGUGGACAGGAGUAGGUCCUUUUGGAUCAACUUUAGCUAGUAUUAUGUUCAUCUACACAGUGAUCGAACGAUACUUUCCUAAUCGUCUUCGUGGCUACAUCCUAACAUAUGUGAAUCGAAUUCUAGCUUUUACUAGAAACGUUCAAAUAACAGUUCAUGAGUACACAGGAGACCUCCAGAGAAAUUUAGCAUAUUCAGCAAUUGAAGCAUAUAUAAGCUCCAAGUCUCCGAAAGAUUUUAAGCGACUUACUGCGCAAGUAGGAAGGAACAGUAAGAAGCUUGUACUCACCAUGGAUGAUAACGAGAGUAUGUAUGAUGAGUUCAGAGGAGCUAAGUUAUGUUGGUAUGCAAGCAAAACCAUCAGUGAAAACAAAUCGAGCUACUACAAUUCAAAGGAAGUGAAACGAGCUUUAACGCUCGUAUUUCAUCAGCGCUAUCGCGACAUGGUUACUGAGGUUUAUCUGAAUCAUAUCUUGGAGAAAGGCAUGACAAUUUUGACAAGAAACCGGCAAAGAAAGCUAUACACUAAUUGCAGGUAUGGUUAUUGGAGCCAUGUGGUUUUAGAUCACCCUGCAACUUUCGACAAUAUAGCAAUGGAUCCAUUGAAGAAGAAGGAGCUUAUUGAUGAUCUUAUUGCAUUCAGUAAAGGGAAACAUUACUAUGCGAAAGUGGGUAAGGCGUGGAAGCGCGGGUAUCUUCUAUAUGGCCCUCCUGGGACUGGAAAGUCUACAAUGAUUGCUGCCAUGGCAAAUUUCAUGAACUAUGACAUUUAUGAUCUUGAGCUAACAGCAGUGCAGAGGAAUAGCGAACUGCGAAAGCUUCUGCUGGAAACUUCCAAUAAGUCUGUCAUUGUCAUUGAAGACAUUGAUUGUUCUCUUGGCCUUACAAGAAAACGGGAGACCGCAAAGGACGUCAAAGAGGAGGAGAAAGGCAAAAAAGAUGUGAAGGAUCAAAUUACUGAACAGAACCCUGACAACAAGGUAGUAACUCUCUCUGGACUUCUUAAUUUUAUUGAUGGAUUAUGGUCUACUUGCGGUAGAGAACGACUUAUCGUGUUCACAACCAACUACAAAGAGAAACUAGACCCAGCUCUCAUCCGCAGAGGUAGGAUGGAUAAGCAUAUUGAAUUGUCAUACUGCUGCUUUGAAGGGUUUAAGAUACUGGCCAGGAACUACUUGAACCUUGAUUCCCACCCUCUGUUCGAAAAAUUAUGUCCCUUGUUCAGUGAAACCGAAAUAACUCCCGCUGAUGUUGCUGAGAUUUUAAUGCCCAAAACCAACGAAGAAGAUGAUGCUGAAAUUUGCUUGGAGGAACUGAUUCAGGCUCUUGAGAAACGAAAGGCAGAUGCGAGAUUGAAAGCUGAGGAAGACGCGAAAGAGAAAUUACUGACCAAGGAAGGUGAAGCUAAACAGAGUGAAUCAUCGGAUAGUGUAGGAACCAACUUCGAGCUCGUGUCAACUCCGUCAAAAGACAAGGGAUCUGGAACUAAAAUGGUGAAGCAGAAAGCUGUGGUUCUUCAACUAAGGAUGGAACAAAUGAAGAGGACAAAUCGAACCGAUCCAAAGGCAUGGGAUCAGAAAACUAAGAUCAGUAUCAGUCAGAAUAAAAUUGAUGCAAUUGUGGUAGUUCUGGUUUUAAGAGUGUUCUAUUUUACAAGUUUUUAUUUCUGA